UCCCCAACUCCCUACACACUCGACCACCCGAGUCUUCUUCAUUCAUGAUUCUGAACGUUCUUUUACUUCGCACGAUUUGAGAGCUUUGCUCAAUUCGUUUUGCUCGAACCCGCGCGACAGAACACCCCUCUCUCUCUCUCCACAAUCUCACAAUGGCAGCACCUGUUGACCCUGCUACGAGGAAGAAGGUGUUGAGGGUUAUCUUCAUAUCUCUCCUAUUGGAUCUUUUAUCUUUUACCUUCAUCCUUCCUUUAUUCCCAAAACUGUUAGAGUUCUAUCGCAAUCUAGAAGCGCCCAUAUCCUCUACCGACGAACCUCGAACCCUCCUCGCACAUAUUCUUCAGUAUCUCAACGCAUACAAAGCCUCUUUUGCAAGGCCCAUCGAUUCCAGAUAUGACGUUGUGCUACUUGGCGGGGCUCUGGGGAGUCUCUUCUCUCUUCUCCAAGCCCUUGCCUCCCCCAUCAUCGGGAUCCUCUCCGACAGAUACGGCCGCCGAACAGCCCUCCUCACCAGCAUGGUCGGCAACAUCCUAAGCGUCCUCCUCUGGGUCUGCGCCACCGAUUUCCGCACAUUCCUCCUCUCCCGCGUCGUGGGCGGGCUGUCGGAAGGAAACGUCCAGCUCGCUAUCGCUAUGGCGACUGACGUGUCGGACGAGAAGCAGAGAGGCGCGACAAUGGCGCUCGUGGGGAUAUGCUUCAGUAUAAGCUUUACAUUUGGGCCGGCUCUGGGCGCCUGGCUUAGCACGAUUAGUACCGUGGUCGCCAACCCUUUUGCGACAGCUGCCGGGUUCUCGCUGUUCUUGAUCGUGACGGAGACGAUAUACCUAUAUCUCUAUCUCCCCGAGACGCUCCCCAGCAAAGUCGCGUCCGCGGAAGCCACAAAGACCUCCGCACCAGCACCUACAAAACCUACACCACCGUCAGAUCCCCCCAUCCAACGCACCAACUCCCACUUCCUCCUCAACCUCACCCACCUAACCUUCAUCCUCUUCUUCUCCGGCAUGGAAUUCUCCCUCCCCUUCAUGACCUACGACCUCUUCGGCUACACCUCCUCUCGCAACGGCCGUCUCCUCGGCUACAUGGGCCUCAUCUCCUCCCUCCUCCAAGGCACCCUCACCCGACGCCUCCCCCCCCUCCUGAGCAUCCGCAUCGGUCUCAUCUCCUGCCUCUGCGCCCUCUUCCUCCUCGCCCGCAUCUCCUCCAUCCCCGGUCUCUACGCCGCUGCUACCCUGCUCGCGAUCACUACCGCUACGGUAGUCACAGGCCUGAAUGCGCUCUCGAGUUUCGAAAGUGGCACGGGGGAGCGAGGGAGGAAGUUGGGGGGUUUGAGGAGUUGGGGACAGCUUGGGAGGGGACUGGGACCGUUGCUGUUCACGAGUGUUUAUUGGUGGGCGGGGAGGGAGAGAGCGUAUACGGUGGGGGCGAUGGGGGUUUUGGGGGUGUGCAUGCUAGGGUUUUUUGGCUUGAAGAGUCCGGGGAGAGGGAAGGGGGGGCUUUAGGAGGGCUGGAUUAUUCUGUGCUUAUUGGUGUUGGAACGGAUGGGUGGGUUAGAUGGGUUAUAGACGGGUAUGGAUGUAUGUAUGUGUAUGAGUAGGUAUGUAUGUAUAUCUAGACGAGUUAAGAUAAUGAUUUCCAUUUCAUCUCGUUCCAUCCCCCCCCGCUAAAAUACCGCCUAUAUAUAUAUCAUACCG